UCCCACGCGGGAGUAGCCCACGCGUAAAAAGGCACAAGUCCCGCGAGAUCUGACCCGCCGUCUCGGGGUCCUCACUUGUGGCCAUGGCUUCUCCGGUCAGCACAGCCCCAAGCACAGAGGAUAACUGCCGUAGGAAGCCCCGCCUGGCAGCCUCGCUACAGAUCAGCCCCGGACCCAUUCCCUGGAAGCCCUCGGCCAGCUUGGGCCAAGACCCCUGGGAGCCGGUGUCCACCCCGAGAGCCGAGGACCACAGCGGGGACAGGCAGCCUCAGGCCUUGGCGGCGGGGGAUGGGCCGUUGGGAGACUUCCCCGAGGAGGGGGGUAAGGAGGAGGACCAGGAGAAGGACGAGCGGGCAGAGGAAGCCGGAGGGCAGAGCCUGCAACUCAGAGACCCGCCCCCAGGCCAGGCAGAAGCCUUGCUGGUGCAGUACGCUGCCAGUCUGGGCGUCUCUCUCAUCUUCCGCGAGGACCAGAUGACAGAUCCUGCCUUCCCUUUCUCGGUGUAUGCGGAGCUGGAUGGGGUCGUCUGCUCCACGGGCACUGCCAACAGCAAGACAGAAGCCAAACAGAAGGCUGCUCUCUCUGCCCUCUGCUAUGUCAGGAGCCAGCUAGAGAGCCCAGAGCCUCUGAAGACCCCCAGCAAGCCUCCACUCACCUCCCAGAGUGUAGAGAACAUCCUGACCCACGAGCAGCGCUGCGCAGCUGUGGUCAGCACCGGCUUUGACCGCCUGGUGGAAGAGAGCUCACCGUACCGGGCCUGUAAGGGGACCGUGGCCGCUGUCAUCCUGGAGAGAGAGGUCCCCGGUGCCAAGGGCCAUGCCAAGGAGAUCUAUGAGCUGGUGGCGUUGGGCACAGGCAGCAGCAGCUGUCCCGGCCGACUGGCAUUCUCAGGCCGGAAGCUCCAUGACUGUCACGCCCUGGUGGUGGCCCGGCGGGCCCUGCUGAGGUUCUUGUUCAGGCAGCUCCUGCUGGUCACGCAGGGUGGCCCUAAGGGCAAGGAACGGUCCGUGCUGGCCCCCCAGCCCGGGCCCGGACCCCCCUUUGCCCUCAAGCCUCGGAUCUUCCUGCACCUCUACAUCAGCAACACCCCCAAGGGAGCUGCCCACGACAUCUGCCUCCCACAAUCCUUGUCCGUGGAAGACAGCGUCCAGCAAAGCCCUGCCUUGCGCCUGCAGGCCCAUGUGCUUGGGGAGCUGAAGCCCGUGUGCUACCUGGCCCCUGCACUGCUUCACACCCACGUGGGCUGCCUGUCGGCCAGUGACAAGCUGGCACGCUGGGCUGUGCUGGGGCUCGGCGGUGCCCUGCUGGCCCACUUCCUGCCGCCCCUCUACGCCACCAGCCUGGUCCUGGCGGACCCCUGCCACGAUCCCCCCACUCUGAAAAGGGCCAUCCACACUCGGCCCACCCUAGACAGGGUGUCAGGGCCAGGCCUGCCACUUCCCUACAGUCGCACCACAUUGCACCUGUUUGCGGGGCCCCUCGUGGCCCCCUCUGACCCCAUCCCCAGCACCUGCCAAGGCCUGAGCCUCAACUGGAGCCUGGGGGACUCUGAUGUCGAGGUUGUGGACGUGGUCACUGGGCGUGUGAAGGAAGAUGUGGCCCUUGGGCCACCCUCCCGCCUCUGCAAAGCAGCCUUUCUUCGGGCCUUCCGCCAGGCCGCCCAGGCUCUUGGGAAGCCCCACCUCCUGGCCCUGAGCACCUAUGAGGCGGCCAAGGCUGGGCCCUACCAGGAUGCCCGCCAGCAGCUGUCUCUCCUCCUGGACCAGCAGGGCCUGGGAGCUUGGCCUUCCAAGUCAUUGGUGGGCAAGUUCAGAAACUAAAGCUGACCUUCUGAGGCCCACGGGACAUGAGUCCUUUCUGGGGUGGGGUGGGGGGUGUAGAGCACCGUGGGUACACAGGGUGUAUGGGGAUUGGAAGGAGGGGCCUACCCUGGUCCAUAGCUGAGUUUGAAUAAAGAAGCUGUUUCUGGUGCCUCUAGUGCUUGUCAGUGACUUUGGGGGAAGGGUAGUCUGGAGGCGUUUGGUUCAUGAAGAGAGAAGACCUGGGGUGCAGGAUCCUUCU